AUGGAGAACGGCAGAAACCCUUCCUCGCCGCCGUCGUAUAGGCCCUCUACCCCUCCAUCGCCCUCACCACAACCACUCUCCUCACACUUCAGCACCCCAACUUCUGCCUCGACGGCCUACAAUAUCCAUCAGUCGGACGAACACCUCUCCGCUUCAUGGAGACGCAACCACAAGCAAAACCCAAGCCAGGAAUCCAACAAAUUCCAGGAACAAGACGGUUUCAGUCCAUUCAAUCCGCUCCUCCCCACCUCUUACAAGGACAAACAGCACAGCAGUGGCAAUGCUGAGAAUCCUAGUACCAGGACAGUCGUCUCAAUUCGCAUCUUGGCAAUCGUCAUCUUAAUCUCGCUCUUUUCAUGGUUCUAUCUUGAGGCGCUUGCAGGAGGCGAUAUCGAAUGGGUUAAAGACCAUCUGUCGAUGCUUGGUGUGAACCUGGUCCUAUCGGUGCUCUGUCUAACGACAGCCCUCACCAUGAUUGUGCUGACGCCCAUGUCGACGACCUUUGCAGUUUCCCUUUUCAGCGGAAUCGCCGUGAUCCUCUUUGCGCUCAAAAAGUGGGACGACGGAGAGUCGUUUGAGACCCAUGGCGCCUACAACAUGCUAGUCUUCCUGGUCAUCCUGGUGCCGCUUAAUGGACUGAUCCAAUCGAUCCUGUUCUGCCGCCGAAAGAUGUCGCCUCCAAAGUUCCGACGCUUCAUGACCAUGAACAUCAUGGGGACCACGGUCGUGACGACGCUCAUGUUGAUGUAUUACCACUCGAUCUGGGGGAUCGGAGCCAACGGAGCACAUUUGAUCCAUGGUACCCGUGCAGGAGCACAGCUGUGCGAAUGGGAUGGUCUUAAUAUUCCGGCUGUGGAUCUUUUGCCGAAUUACAUCCAGAACUUUUGGACGGGCCAGCUUUCUUGCCCAGUCAUAACAGGAAUCGAUGCGGAAUGGUCCCACGACGGCAUUUUGACCAUCAAUUGCCUCAACAAGGAAUUCAAGGCGUCUGGACAGCAACCGACGUAUGAUGUCUUGCCGGAUACAAAGUCAUGGCCUGCCCCGGAUAAGAUCAUGCACACGUACAACAAAAAGAUCGUGGAACGGACACAGAGACGUGAUUACACCGAACCCGUGCUCGUGAACGACGAUGGUGUCGAGUCGCUCGUUGCCCACUGUGAGGCCGGUGUCUCCAAGAUCUUGAUUCGGGUCGUCCGCGACGAGGCUGUGCUGGAGCGAGUCAGGACAGUGGAGAAGGUGCGUCAGGAACAGGAGGAGACCACGACUGUGGAGCAGGAAAUGGCGGAUGUUCUGAAUGACGAGACUGAUGGGCAUGGCCAACGGACGAGGAAGCCCAAUGUCAUGGUAUUGUUCAUGGAUGCGGUAGCACGCAGACAGUUUUACCGUAAGCUGCCCAAGACCGCAGCCGUUGUCGCCAGUCUCGACAAGACUACGCAGGGAGGACCGCAGCUGCAUGAAUUCUUCCGUUAUCAUGCUGUGGGAUUCAACACUGAUGCCAACUCGCGUGUUGUCUAUACCAACGCUUCAGACCGCCUGGACCCUGCAGCACUUCCGAUUUGGAAGAAUUUUCAUGAGGGAGGAUAUAUCACGUCGAGGGUGGAGGACAACUGUGAGGACUGGUCAACUCAAUACACGGGAAUUGCGACCUCGCAGUACUUUGACCAUGAGCUGCAGUCGCCCUUUUGCUUGCCUCCGUACUACGCACUGGACAAGAACCCGUUCUCGAACUUUGAGGGGCCUUAUUCGAUUGUGGCCAGAUGUCUCCAUGGCAACAAUGUUCACAAGUACGCAUUGGAUUACAUGAACCAGUUCAGACGUGCAUACCCCGAUCAGCCAUGGUUCCAGAUGGGUUCGUUUAUUGAGGGACAUGAGGGUACAGGCGAGGUGCUGUUGACGCUGGACAAUGAUUUUGCAAAGUUCAUGAAAGGAAUGGAGGAGGAUGGCACACUUGAGAACACCAUUAUCUUUAUGAUGGCAGACCAUGGUCUUCAUAUGGGCAUUAAUUUCAUGUUCACUCCUAACGGACGCAUCGAGCACAUGAACCCAUAUCUGUCAGUUAUUCUGCCGCCGCUUGUCACCAAAAAGUACCCCAGUCUGAGCCGCGGUCUGAUGCAUAACCAACAGUCGCUCGUGACCGGAUACGAGAUUCAUGCGACGCUGAAGAUGCUGGCCUCUGGAGCGAUGCCCGAGGCAGGAGACGACGAUGAUGUGGACGGCGGCGCGUGGAGAAGCGGAACACUGUUUGAUGAGGAACUGAACCCUGGACGGACAUGCGAGCAGGCCAAGGUACCGGAGGAGUACUGCAAGUGUCGCGCCGCAUAG